AUGGCGGGCUGGGUGGACAACACGGCGGAAGUCACGGUGACGGCGCCGCUUCCGGUGGUGUGGGAGCUGUGGCAGGACAAGACCAGGAUCCCGAACUGGAUGCCGUGGAUACACUCCGUCGAGCCCGUGCCGGGCGUGCCAGGGGACACCAAGUGGCUCCUCAAGACGAAUCAGUUUGGCCAGGAUUUCGAGUUCUCGUGGGUCGCGCGCGACCUCCCGCCGGUGAAGAAGGAAAAGAUCCACUGGUUCAGCACCGACGGGCUGAACAACAAGGGCGCGGUGACGUUCGUGCAGAGACCCGACGGGCGGACGGUUGUGAGGAUGAACAUAAGCUACGAGGUACCGGACAUCUUGGUGCCGUUUGGCUCCGCGCUGAGUCCGCUCGUCGCGUCGAUACUCCAGGCUGACCUGGAGAGGUUCGGGACGUUCUCCUCGAAAGUCGUCGCCGCGAUGGGUGCCGGGAAACGGAGGUGAUCGGGACGGACUAGAGGCGGACGACGGCCCUCGCGACAGUCGGUGUGUACCUCGGUACGUUGUAAGUUCUAUCAAGCUGUAGUUCU